AUGAUAGCAGAAAUUGGUGCCGCCGACAAUCCCAAGGCCAGCUAUCCCUAUCCCCAAGCAGCUGUGAUCUGCCCGGACUCACCGGUUUCAUCCGCCCCGGACUACGGCGUCGGACAGCUGUUCAUACGUAGCGCCUCGUACAGGAGGGACACACAUACGUCCGCGGGGAGUAUCAACCCAGACGAGAGCUCCAUCAAGCCGCUGGUAUCCUCCGCUAUUACAAACGGCUAUAUCAUGACCUCUGAGGAAUUCAUGCAGACCGCUCCCCUGUUCGGCCAGAGGUCCAAGAGAAACGUUCUCUACAAGAUUCUGUGUUUCCUCAUUCUGAUAUUCCAAGGAGGCAUUCUAGAUUUCUACCUCAUUAUCUUCACGGAUCUGUACUGGUGCUCGUGGAUCGCCACGGAUCUGGUGGUGAUUUCUGGCUGGGGGAUCUUCUUCAUGAAGAACGCCAGGAGCAAGAGAGAGCGGGCGUGUGGGUUCCACCAAAAGAACUCUAUAUUCGGCUGUAACCUCGGCGAGUUUACCUACGCCUACCUGGCCUGGUUAAUCUACGUGAUCGCCUGCACCCCUAAAAUAGUCCUCAUUCUAGAGACUUCGAUAUUAGAUCUCAUCGCCCUCAAAGUUCCGUUCGGUGUAACCGGAUUUAAGAUUAUCAUGUUGCUCUCGGUCCCGUUACUCUACUGUCUCAUCAAUUCUAUCACCGAUGACCAGAACGGAGCUACGCGCCACCGGUCCCAAAGCUGCUUCAUGACCACCUGUCUGGACCUCGUAGACUGCUUUACCCUGGUGGAGUUGCUUCUGAGGAACGAGAUACCGACGGUCUAUUUAAAAUACACGGUCAUCUCGGUGUAUUUCAUCGCCCUGGGCGUCCCGGUGGUGUGGUUGUACGAGUUGACCGCCUCCGAGAUGCGCUGUCGCUGGGUCUGGGCUAGGUUCCUGACCGGUGUGUUGAUCAACGCUCCACUUCUGGUGGUGCGGUGCUUCCAGGUGUAUGUUCACAAGAUGCCCGUCUCAGUGUUCAUGUUCAAGAAUAUGUUCUUCUUGGCCUGUAAGUGUCUGGAGCUGAUAGAACAGUGUUUCACAGUGCGGGGAGUCAGGAGGUUCGGUGAGGGACGCAACCCGGCGCAGUUCUCUCACUGUGUCUCAGAGAACGAUAUGUGUCCCCAUGGAUACGUUAACACCCUGGCCGUUACCACGCAGUCAUAG